GUGUCUUGGACUACAAAGGAAGAAUCAAACAAUUUAAAGAAAAUAACAUUUGUUAAAUCCUAAUUUGAACUGUAUUAUCUCCUAAUUCAUAAUUGCUUUUUAUAUUUCUACUUUUUUGUUUUCAUUGUCUAGAUGUGAGAACAUUAAGUCUGCUCUUGUUGCCGAGCUUGUAAAGUACUUCGACUGUUUAGAAAGUGUAACAUAUUUAAACAAUUGCGUUUGAUUUGUCAAGCUAUGCACACCCGGGAGCUCUUUGUUGAUGCUGCUCGUAAAUGUUUGUCCACUGGAAGGAAACAUCUCUCCGUCCCUCACAGUCUGGAUGUGGCUGCUCAGCUCUCGGCUGUUGAUUCAGCUUUGAAACCCGCUCUGCUGUAUGACGCCAACAGCGCCAGUGCAGAGCAGGUUCAUCGGUAUUUGCGCUCGUGUCAAUCGUCCCAACUCGUGUCAGACUCCCUUGUCACCUUGGACUUGCACGGUAACACCCUCAUUGUUAACCCAGUCGCGAUUCGCUCCAAUCUAGAGAGGAUUCUUCACAAUAGCGGCCCGGCAAUGAUUGACAUCAGCCACUCACUGGAGAAACCAACCAUCAUCGAGCCAGUCAGAACAGGCCUGAAGAGUAUUGCGCAAGAUCUCCUAUUUCUUCUUCGAGACUUAAAUGCAGCAAAGGAUGUUGACAAAGUCAUUUGUGUGGCAGUGGGUUCAGAUGAGUGGAAUCUGAGUGCUGUCUUCGGACUGUUACUGGGUUACCCCGCCGUCUACUGGUUUGACCAGACUGAGAGCUUUGAAAACUGCCUCGCCAUGACCCCCUUGACGGUGACCACGGCAUCUGCAACAUGGUUUGCAGGUGCCUCCAGCCAUCAACUUUACUCAUUCAGCAUCCCGGCCGUCCUACAGAAUGAGACUCUGUCCAGCCUGGUGGAGUGGAAGCUUGGCCUUCAAGAGAGAUUCCAGCAGCAAAAUAUUCUAAAGGAGCUCACUGUUUGUCAAUCUGCAGUCACUCUGCCGUCAGUCUGUUUGUGACCCAACAUCACAUACUCAUGACUCCAUUAAACUGUUAAAAGAUC